AUGGCCACCUUUGGAAACGAGGCCCUGGAAACGGCACUUGCGGAAUCCGAGCACCCAGGUAGCAGCCGCCAAAACGCAGGAAGUCAUUCGACGCGCAAUCGCGAGGCUCCGGAAAAGGUGGCCGAGCCUAGGUUGGCUGUGGCUGACAAGAAUCAUGAUGGUGAUGCCGAUGAGGACGAUGAUGGCGAGGCGCAAUUUGACCGGGCCGCCGAACGCAGGCUUAGGCUCAAAAUCGAUCUCUACGUUGUGCCGACUGUUGCGAUUUUGUAUCUUUUUUGCUUCCUCGACCGAAUAAAUUUUGGCAAUGCUAGGAUUGCGGGGAUGGAAGCCGAGCUUGGCCUUCACAAAUACGAUUACAACAGAGUAAUAUCCAUCUUCUACUCGUCGUACAUCCUAUUCGAGAUCCCCUCCUCCUUGCUCUGCAAGUGGAUGGGGCCCGGGUGGUUCCUCCCGCUGGCGACCAUCAUGUUCGGGGUCGCGUCGCUUGCCUCGGGCUUUGCCAACAACUACGCGCAAAUGGCGGCCGUCAGGUUUCUGCUGGGCAUCUCGGAGGCCGGCAUGCUGCCAGGUUGCGCGUACUAUCUGUCCAGAUGGUACCGUAGCUCGGAGCUCGUGUUCCGUCUGGCGCUGUACAUUAUCACCGCGCCGCUGGCCGGGGCCUUUGCUGGCGUUCUUGCCUCGUCCAUCCUGAAGCUGGACAGCUUCGGGGGCGUGCGCAAGUGGAGAAUGAUUUUUGCCAUUGAGGGAAUCAUGACCAUCUGCCUCGGUCUCGUUGCCUUGUUCACACUCACGGAUCGGCCAGAGACGGCUCGAUGGCUGACGCGGGAAGAAAAAGACUUGGCCGUCAGGCGCGUCAAGUCGGAGCGCGUUGGCCAGACGGUGGUGCUGGACAGGAUUGACAAGAAGAAGCUGCUGCGCGGCAUCUUCAGCCCAGUCACCCUGAGCACGGGAUUCAUCUUCCUGUGCGUCAACAUUACGGUGCAAAGUCUGUCCUUCUUCCUGCCCACCAUUGUCAGGACCAUCUACGGGCACAAGUCCGUCGUUGAGCAGCAGCUCCUGACGGCCCCGCCGUAUCUGGUGGCGGCUGUCUUGACGCUGCUUUUCCCGCUGCUGAGCUGGCGGCUGGACAAGCGGCAGGUCUUUAUUAUCCUGUCGGCGCCGCUCGUCAUGGUGGGCUUCUGCAUGUUUCUCGGGUCGGAGGCCUCCGCGGUCCGAUACGCCGCGACGUUUCUCAUCGCCGCGUCCGCGUUCACCAACGGAGCCAUGUGCAACGCGCAGGCGUCUGCCAACGUCGUCAGCGACACGGCCCGCAGCGCAGCGAUUGGCACAAACGUCAUGCUGGGCAACAUCGGAGGCCUGAUUAGCGGCUGGGCGUUUCUGCCCUGGGACGCGCCCAACUACCACGUCGGCAACGGGCUGAACCUGGCGGCAGCCUCGUCGAUACUCGUGGUCGGCCUUUUGACGCAGUUCUGGAUGCAGCGGGACAAUAGACGGCGCACAGGGAGGGAUGUCGAGGGCGCGUUGCGAGGGCUGACGCAGCAGGAAAUUGAGGACUUGGAUUGGAAGCACCCUGCGUUUCGAUGGAAGCCGUGA